GCAGCAGCUUCUCCCCCAGCCGCGUUGCCAGAACAGCCACAUCAGGAGCCAGGAAUCUCUCCAGCCGACCGGGACUGAAUCCCUGCUCUGGGGUAUAGCGAGAAAACGAGGAGCCCAGCGCUUGCCCGCGUGUCCCACUGAGACAAGAGAAAAUAAUGGAUCCCGCUGGGACGAAACCGUGGCCGGAGUUUUGUCCUGAGAUCCCUGGAAACCCCAGGAGCAGAGCGGAGCCAGGUAAUGGCCAUAGCUGCAGGCUCAGGAAGCAUGCUGCAUGUACAGUCUCAAUGAGUGUUGUACUCGUCGUUCUGGUUGUUGCUGUUAUUGUUCUGGCAGUGCUGGUACUUAAAGUACAGCACCAGUUCAUGGUCUGGUGCCCAGACGGCUGGAUCGGAUACCAAGGGAAAUGCUACUAUUUCUCUGAGGCUGAAAAGGACUGGAACAACAGCCGGAGACACUGUUUUGCGCUUGGUGCUUCCCUGGCUGUGAUUGACAGUGACCAGGACCUGGUUUUCAUGAUGCGAUACAAAGGCAUCGCCGAGCACUGGAUUGGCCUCUGGAAAGAGCAGGAGAGACAGACCUGGAAAUGGGUGAAUGGCUCUGAUUUCAACAGCUUGUUCCCGAUAGGAGGAGGAGGGGACUGCGCGUUCCUGAACGACAACGGCAUCAGCUCUUCAAGGUGCAUCACUGAGAGAAACUGGGUCUGCAGCAAACCUGAUGCGUAUACAAGCCAGAAAAACGCAACUCAGAGUCAGAAGCUGAAAAGCUUCACAAUGGGCUACUAGAGAAACUGCCUCUCGCACAAUUUGUCUAUGGCUGAUUUUAUAAACAA